AUAAAACAACGUUAUGAUAAUUUAAACAAACGUGAUAAAUUAUUAGAAUCAAAAUUUCGUAGUGAAUAUUUUGAUUUAAAACAACCAAUGGUUGAGCAUCUUUUACGUCAUUAUAAAAAACGUCCACGUAAUUUACAAUUAACAUGUACAUCAAUAACAUUUUUAAUUGAAUUAAGUCGUUGUAUAUUGAGUGGUGAAAAAUCAUUAAUAUUACCACGUGAAUGUUAUGAUUAUCUAAAAAAUAUUGACACUAUUGAUGCGAUGCCAACGAACUUUCCAAGUCAAAUUGAUAACAAUCAUUGGCAUCUUCUUUUAAAAUUGCGAAGAACAAAAAUUGAAAGUGAAACACGACUUAAAUGUUGUGCAUUCGAAUUGGCUGAGGCAGAACAGACUCAAGCUUCACAUCAACGUUUAAUUCAAAAUUUACAAAAUAACAUACAACAAUUUAAAGAAACAAUUGAUGAUGAAAAAAAAUUAAACUAUGAGCUACUGCAAAAUAUUGAAACACAAUUGAUUUUAAAAAUGGGACAAAUUGAAAUAUUUAUUGAUGGACAAUCAAGUGAAUAUUUAAAUUCUGUACUGGUACCAUUUGAUGAGCUGUUAAGAGUCAAUCGUGCAAUUGUUGAUGCUGGAAAAAAAAAAAUAAAUGCUAUGAAUUGUACCAUUGAGUAUAGACGACUUAUUGAAUGGAAAGAAUGGAAACAUUGUUGUAUGCAGAUAACUCUGGAUGACAUGAAGGAUGAAUUAAAAUUUUUACAAGGAGUUAAAGUAACAAAGGAAAUACAAAUGUACUUGAUGCGUCAUCAUGAUGGCAUAGGAUUAUUGGAGAAGGACAACGAAAUAUCUAAAAGCCACUCAGCAACAAGAAAGAGAUUUAAAAAUAUUAUUGAAUCUAAAAAAAUAAAGCUCAUUGAUUCAAUUAGAAAUAUUAAUUAUUGGCAAAUGGAAAAUAAUCAAUUGACAAGUAUCAUUGAAAAUAUAAAACUACAAAAUAAUAAAAUAUUAAUUAUUAUUAAUGAUGAAAAUUAUAAAAAAGAAAAUGUAUUUUUAAAUAAUAAAUUUCAUUCAAUUAUGAUGAGAAAUAAAAUUGUUAAAAAAAUUCAAGAUAAUUAUGGAAAUUUAUUAGCAUUACAAGCACAACUUGAGCUUCUUAAACUUAAAACUUAUCCAACAUUGAAAUUUAAAAAUUUAAAAAAUACAUUUAAUUAAAAUAAAUUUUAUUGUAAAUAAAAUAUUUUUAUUUUUAAAAAUUAAUAAAUAAAAUAAAGCCUUUUGUUUAAAAAAAAAAACAGACAAUAUUUUAGAGUUAAAAAAAUAUUAAUCUUUUAAUACUGCAUAAAAAAAACAAAACAAA